ACCAUUAACCUCCUCCCAUGUGUGUUUGUUUAUGUCACUUACACGGAAAGAAAAUACUGUAACAACUCUCAGCUUUUGUUUGUGCAUCAAUGUUACUAAUUUCCAGGUCACAGGGAAAGGAGGUUUACUGCAGACAAACAUAUUACAUCCCAGGCCAGUUGGAUAAAUAGAUACAUAUCACACAGAUUUGUAAAACAAAGGAGGGCACAUAUUGGAAACAUCAAUCUUGAAUCGCUAGGGAUUCUUGAUGGUAGUAUAUGGUCAUUUCUGCUGAUAUGUUGAAUACAGAAAAUUCUCUUUGCAGGAAUUUUCUCAUAUACUAUGUAUUUUUACAUUACAAAAACCUCAAGGCAUGCCACCAAAGGAUCAGAGAUACUAAAAUCACAGUUUUAGGGCUGCUGAGAGGUAGGAGGAUUUGGGUGAAACAAGCCAUUUUUGAAGCGUGGGGGAGCUGUAUUGUUUCAUAUAUAUUGUUGGUGAAAUAUUAUUUUUCAAACAACGAUUUUAUAGUUAAACUGUGCACUUUUCUGUCUUGUUUGAAAAGGACAUACUGUGAAAACAACAACAAUCUACGUGUUUUAGGGGUUCUGGGAUUAAAUAAAGCAUAUAACCUUCUAUACACAUUUUUAAACAAAAGUUCAGGUUGUAAUCUGCGUUUUGCCUAAAGUUAGCAGGGAUAGGCUCCAGCAAUCUCGCAACCCUUGUGUGGAUAAGUGGCUUGGAAAAUGGAUGGAUGUGAAUGAGUGUAAAUUAGGAAAUAGAGAUGAUCAAUCUGGAGUAAAACUACAAAAUUCUCAUAUUCUGGGUCCCAUAUGGGAUUGUAACCAACACUUGUGUUGCCAUGCCUUUCAAAGCCUCAUUAUGAAUACAAGGGAGGAUUUGGAUUCUGUAUUUUUUUGUCUCUUGUUUCAAUGUGUACUGGGAACUAUCCAGAGAAUCCAGAUCUCCCCAGCCGCCAUCAGAAAUUGCUUGAGAAUGGGAGGACAUAAUGAGCAUGUCCAUAAAACUGUUACUACAGUUAACCACCUUUCCAGUAAAAUCCACACACAUCAGAUUGUAUUUCAUAGGAAUUCGUAUAGUGCAAACACAAGUAUAAUUAUGUCAUAAAGUGUGAAGUGCUGGCUUGAAAAGAACUGGAUAAUACAAAUUGACUCUUGUUUAAAUGGCCUAGAUCUGGUGAUUGUCUCCAAUGUAAAACUUUGUAAUACCACAAACCAUUUAUUCCCCUUGCCUCUUUUCCUGCCUAAGGAAAGAACCAUAUAAUACUCUGCCUUAUUAUCAGAAGCGCCUUCUUGGGUGUCAACUAUAGCCCGCAGCAGAAGGUUGAAAGAGUUGAAGGGUCAAAAGUUUACUGUUUUGCCUUGGUUUCGCCCUCGCCUCUUCUCUCCUGUCCGCACGCUCUUCUACACCCAACUGCUGUAUGUCAAGCCCAAAAAUGAGAGGGCAGCAGAGAGGUAUAGAGGAGGUCCAGAUAAGAGAAAUGAUGACAGGAGCAAAAAUAAAGGUGAAUACAUGACCUUCCUUUUCCAUUUACAAAAGCAUAUUGGGUCCUGUGAUACAUUGUCCAGAGUGAGGGAAUAUGGGGGUCGAUGGAAAGCAAGAGGGUGAAGAUUGAAGGGUAAAAUUAAGAUCCAGAGGGUAUAGUAUGGCAUUGCGGUGUUUGCUGUGAGGGUAUGCAGGAGUAAUACAUUUUAAUGACACCUGUUAACAUCUGUACUGUGUAUAGCUAGGCUCACACAUGCAUAUAUUUUCUUGUAGAUGAAAGCAUGUAUUAUUAUUUCUAAUAAUAAUAAUACUUAUUAUUAUUAAUAGUAGUGGCCCCACGCUGGAUCAGCUGGAAAGUGUUGGCCUCACAGUUCUCAGGUCCCGGGUUCAAUCCCGGACUUGCCUGUGUGGAGUUUGCAUGUUCUCCCUAUGCCUGUGUGGGUUUUUUCCGGGCUCUCCGGUUUCCUCCCACAUCCGAAAAACAUGCAAUAUUAAUUGUACACUCUAAAUUGCCCCUGGGUGUGACCACCUCCUGCCCGAUGGUUGCUGGGAUAGGUUAAAGCACUCCCACGAACUUUGUGAUGAAAAGUGGCUCAGAAAUGGAUGAUGGAUCUUAUCCUCAUAGAUUUGUAUUGUUUACUCACCCAAGUUAGGUUCAUCAUCUGUAAAAUGUGGAAUACUCUGUUUAAAAUUCAGCUACAUUUUAGAGAAAGGGCGGGACAAUGGAGAAGCUGUAAAGUGCUGGCCUCACAGUUCUGAGGACUGGGUUUCAAGUCCCGGCCACACUUGUAUGGAGUUUACAUGUUCUCCCUUUCUCUGCGUGGAUUUUCUCCCACAUCCCAAAAAUCAUACAUUAAUUGGAGACUCUAAAUUUCCCCUGGGUGUGACUGUGAGUGUGACUGUUGUCUGCCUCCAUGUGCCCUGGGAUUGGCUGGCAACUAGUUCAAGGUGUACCCUGCUUCCUGCCUGUUGACUGCUGGGAUAGGCUCCAGCACUCCCAUGACCCUUGUGAGGAUAAGCAGUUAAGAAAAUGGAUGGAUGUAGAGGAAUUCGGUUUACCUCUUGAUUGAGUGAGGUUCUAUAAACACUGCCAGUAAGUCUGUAACCUGAGUGAUAACCAAUCAAUAUUUUAUGUAGACCCUCCUUAGGUAUGGGCAGUUAGCGGAGCCAGAGCUUCCACCGCAUGUGAAGAGGAAAAAAAUAGAAAACCAGAACAAUGAUUAUAUAACAUUAUUUUCCAUUUAGUUAUUUGCUUUUGUUUUGUUAUUACUAUCCAGGCCUCCAUUUUCCAAGCCGCUUAUCCUCAUGAAGGUCGUGGGAGUGCUGGCGCCUAUCCCAGAUAACUUUGGGCGAAAGAUGGACUGCAACCUGAGCUGGUCGCCAGUCAGUCGUACAGGAAACUGAAACCAUGCUGUUUGCGCCGGUCAGGAGGGUGCACCACUACACUAUCAAUGUCUUCUGGAGAUAUUGGGGAGUCCGUGACGUCGGAAUAGCUGGGAAAGAAUGCGUGGUGAGAAUAUCGGAUUCGCCUUUGGGGAUCCCCAAAACGAAAAGGAUGAUGCAUGCGUUCAACUAAAAAAUGGGAAAUGACAAGAUGAUGGAAAUUACCCAAAAGUGGAACUGUAGCUGGAUCAGACAGCUACAGAAGAGAUGCCCUCGGCCUGUGAAAGGUUCACCAUCAUUAGUGUCGAAAAAGGAGUGAGAAGACAGCUCUGGCAUGAAAAAUCCUCCUACCAUGCAGGCCCCGUCUGUCAUGAGGUGCAAGGGGCCAAGGAACAGAGGAGCUGAAUAAAAUAGAAAGAAAACGUCUUGGAAGAUGACCCCCUCCUCCAACACACCCUUAGCACUCAAGAAAGAGCACAUUUUUUCUACCCACCCAUUCAUAGGCUAUUUUUUAUGCCUUUCGAGAGUAUAAGAAAGGAAAACAGUAUUCCUUCUCAUUGGAAAGAAGACACUGAUAGGGAACUCAAGAAUAUGGCUGCAAGUUUGCAAAUCAAAGUGCUUUGUAAGUUCUUAGGAGAUUUGAGAAGGCUGCCCUUUUCCAUCAAAACACUACGUGAUAGAAGAUUAGCUCUCGGUCAGCUUGGAGGGGCCCAUUGGAAAGACACCGUCACGUGACUCCUGGUGCCAAAUGGUCUUCCGGCAGUCGUUCUCAACAACAUCCGGUGCUAAAGAAGACAUUGCUGCAUUUCUCAGACAUGCAGAAGACAACGUAUUACGACAACUCAACUCUUUUUGGUGGCUAUGCGUCAUAUCAGGCGCAGGGGGAAAAAACUGUACCUGCCAAUGGCUUCAGAGGUUAUGAAAUCCCAGGGUCUUGUCAACUGCCAGCCUUCCAGUCAGGAAUCCAUCUGGAUGCGGACUCAUACCACCGAUCUGCCUGCUCUUUGCAGUCAUUAGGUGGUAGUAGCGGGAACCACCAGCAGCAACAAAUAGACAAAAACAAGGAGCCGAAUGGCAGCUGCAUGAGGCCCACCUUAGCACCCGAGUGCCACACUGGCUCGAAAGUGUCCCCACCAUUGGCCCACAAUCCAAGCGAUGGUAGUACCGCAGCUCAGCAGCCAGGGGGCAAUGCUAGCACCUCAUUGGUUCCCAAAUCAGGCCCCAAUAGGUCAUCAAAUUCUUCCUCCUCUACAUCAUCCUCGACUUCCUCCUCCUCGCUACCCUCCAACCCAGCAUUGGCCAAGCAGAUAUUUCCCUGGAUGAAAGAGUCCCGCCAGGCAACCAAGGAGAAAAACUGUUCACAAAGCAACAACUCGGCAGCAUCAGGUGGAGGUGAGAGUGGUAGUGGUGGGGAGAAGAGUCCUACUGGUGGGUCAUCAGCAUCGUCAAAGCGAGCGCGUACAGCGUACACCAGUGGCCAACUUGUUGAACUGGAAAAGGAGUUUCAUUUCAAUCGAUACCUGUGCCGUCCACGGCGUGUAGAAAUGGCCAAUCUGCUCAACCUAUCUGAGCGCCAGAUUAAGAUCUGGUUUCAGAACCGACGGAUGAAAUAUAAAAAGGACCAGAAGUCCAAAGGAUUGAGUUCUAGCUCAGGAGGACCAUCACCAACGAGCUCACCACCUCUAGCCAUGCAAUCCUCUGCCAGUUAUCUCAACUCAAUGCACACUAUGGUUGGGGGAGGUGGGUCAGCCUAUGAUGCCCCAUCUCCUCCAUCCUUUGGUAAACCUCAUCAAGGAGUUUCCUACUCCAUGUCCACUGCCUACUCCAAUCUCCCGUUGAAGGGCUGCCCUCCACAACAAAAGUAUAGUCACCAAGAUCAAGACUAUGGUGAUCCACAUUCUCACCAUGGCUUAGUACAGGCAAACAGUACCAGCUUUGAAACUCCCAGUAACAUGCAGUCUAGUCCAGUCUAUGUGGGGAGUGGCAGCUAUGUGGAACCCAUGUCUGGGUCUGGAUCCUCCAUGUAUGGCCUAAAUCACCUUGGUCCCACACCAUCCCAUCACCAAACCAUGGAAUACAAUGGUGCAGGGCCUCUGUCUGCCACAAACCAGCAUCAUGUGAGUGGAGAGGUACCACCAGGGCCCUGUGAUCAAGCCUCUCUUACAACAUACACUGAGCUCUCAGCACACCAUACCUCAACUCAGGGCAGAAUCCAAGAGGCACCCAAGCUCACUCACCUGUAACAGUGGGAAGAAAAUGAAGCAAGACCACAUUAACUAAUUAACAGGUUGAGCAAACACUGAGGGAUUCACCUAUAGGAAAAGGGAUGUCAUGAAACAUCAGAAAAGACAGAGAAGAGCAGUUCAUUGGUUUAUUAUUUUGCAGCCAAAAAGGGGAUCAAUGAAUAAAUAGCCCAUUAUUCUACCCAUUGCUCUCAGCAAUAUGGCAGUGUAUUUUUACUCUUAGAAUAGCAUUUACCAUAAUUUGUUUUUAUUCUGUAAUCAUGAACAGAAAACUCACAUUGUACCUUUAAAGUCUUCAAAUUUAUACUGAAAGUUAGGAGCAAGACGUCCAAUGUAAUAGUGCUUGGGAAUUCUGCUUCACAAUAGGAGAUCUGAGUUCAUCCAUUGGCACACCUUUGUGUGGAGUUUGCAUGUUCUCACCGUGCUUGCUUGAGUUUUCUCUGUGUGCUCUGGCUUCCUUCUUACUUUUUAAUUGAAUACUCUAAAUCAAAGGUGUAAAACUCAAGGCCCAGGGGCCAAUGUCAACCUGCCACAUAAUUUCAUGUGUCCCAUGAAAACUAAUUAUUUGCACGGACUUCCUUGUUUCUUGCAUCUGUACCAAAAAUUCAAAUGAUCACGUAUUAAAUAAUGUUAAGAUAUUGCAAAUAUUUGUUGUUACCAAACCCUAUUUUACAAUAAAUUUCUGAGGGUCAGAGUGUAUCAUAGUCACCCUGUUUAAUGUAAAAUGGAAUGCAAUGUCUUACCUCAGGAAUAUCUUUUGUAUUUCAUGAAUACCAACAGUGAAUAUCAAACAUUAUGAAGUCAGUGUGAAAAUGUCGAUACGCGCUGAACAGGAAGUUGUGCAGUAAAAUGGGACAACUAGAAAUAAAGGACUUAAUUUUACUGAGCAUUAAUUGCAAACAUGUAUUCCUGUCGAAAAAUAGAUCUGCAUAAAAUACAUUUACAGUGUUUGGGUAAACCCUAAUUCGAAAUUAUUUUUUUUAAUUUUCAUUAUUCAUGUUUGUCAUUUUGCAGAGGCCCCAUAUCUCAGUGGUUACAGCAUUGGUUUGGUAAACCAGGGGUUGUGAGUUCGUAUUUCACUGGGGCCUCUACUCCUUAAGAGGGGUUGUGUCAGGAAGGGCAUUGGGUGUUUCUAAAAAAAAAAAAAAAAAAAAAAAAAAAUUGCGUUCAUCUGAGAUGUCAUGCUGUGGUGACCCCUAACGGGACAAGCCAAAAGAAAAGACAAUGUUUGUCCUUUUGCCCAUCACACCCUCUAUAAGCCAGCUGCCCUGUAUAUUAUGGUCAGGUUAUGAAACAUUUAUUUGAUUUCACAUUCAGAACAGCCCACUGAGGGAAACUACUCCAACAAUUUGGUCCAUGGGAAAAAUGAGUUUGACAUUGCUGCUGUAACUGAUUCAUUGGUAUGCAAUUUUUUUGUGUGAAUUGUUGUUUGACUAUAUGUGCCAGCAAUUUACAAGUGACCAGUCUAGGGUGCUACCAACCUCUCACCCCAAAUCUGCUCGGAUCAGCUCUAGUUACCCACAACUCCAAUCAGGACAAUGUAAAGUGAGGAGAAAAAGGGCAUGGUAUUAUACUUCAAACUUGAGAAGAGUACAGUGGAGUAUUUGAAUAACCUGCUAUAUUGCAAUUUCUCCCAUUUAGAAAUCACGGAGGGGUCUGAAAUUUUCAUCGUAGGUGCAUGUCCACUGUGAGAGAGAUAAUCUAAAAAGAAAAAUUCUGGAAUCACAAUGUAUGAUUUUUUUAAUGAUUUGUGUGAUACAGCCUAACACCUGAGAAAACCAAUGUUAAUAUUUGGUACCGUAGCCUUUGUUUGCAAUUACAGAGGUCAAACAUUUCCUGUAGUUGUUCACCAUGUUUGCACACACUGCUGGAGGGAUUUUGGCCCACUCCUCCACACAGAUCUUCUCUAGAUCAGACGCGUUUCUAGGCUGUCGCUGAGAAACACGGAAUUUCAGCUCCCUCCAAAGAUUUCCCAUUGGGUUUAGGUCUGGAGACCGGCUAGGCAAUGCCAGGACCCUGAUAUGCUUCUUACGGACCCACUCCUAGGUUUUCCUGGCUGUGUGCUUCCGGUCAUUGUCAUGUUGAAAGACCCUGCCACAAACCAUUUUCAAUACUCUGACUGAGGGAAAAAGGUUGUUCCCCAAAAUCUCCCAAUACAUGGCCCCAGUCAUCCUCUCCUUAAUACAGUGCAGUCAUGCUGUCCCAUGUGCAGAAAAACACCCCCAAAGCAUGAUGCUACCACCCUCAUGUUUCACAGUAGGGAUGGUGUUCUUGGGAUGGAACUCAUCAUUCGUCUUUCUCCGAACGCAGUUAGUGGAAUUAUGACCAAAAAGUUCCAUUUUGGUCUCAUCUAACCACAAAACUUUCUCCCAUGACUCCUCUAUAUCAACCAAAUGGUCAGCGGCAAACUUAAGACGGGCCUUGACAUGUGCUGGUUUAAGCAGAGGAACCUUUUCCACCUGUGUGAAGUUGUACAAUUUUAUCUCUGGUGUCUUUGGACAGCUCUUUGGUCUUGGCCAUGUUACAAAUUUGAGUCUUGCUGAUUGUAUGGGGUGGACAUGUGUCUUUAUGCAGCUAACGGCCUCACACAGGUGCAUCUGAUAUAGGAUAAUACAUGGAGUGGAGGUGGUCUUUUAAAGGCAAACUAAGAGGUCUUUCUAGCUGAUAGACAGGUGUUCAAAUACUUAUUUGCAGCUGUAUCACACAAAUCGUAAAAAAAUCAUACAAUGUGAUUUCUGGAUUUUUCUUUUUAGAUUAUCUCUCUCACAGUGGACAUGCACUUACGAUGACAAUUUCAGACCCCUCCCUGAUUUCUAAGUGGGAGAACUUGCAAUAUAGCAGGGUGUUCAAAUACUUAUUUUCUUCAAUGUAAGUAAGGAUGGAAGGACAAAAAAGUCCCAUUGUUUCAUAGAAAGCCCAUGUUAAAAGCAUUUAACUUUAGAACUCAGGACUAACAUAACUGAUAUCUUUAGAUCUGAAAAUCAUUAUUCUGUUCAGAAAAUGGUAUACUAAUUAUUAUUCUUUUAAGUAACAGACUGAAAUCAGGUUUUAAAGAAUCAACACCCUGCAAGACCCACAUACAAACAGUGCUGUGUAGAGUGGCAGUGUCACACACAUUUUAGUCAAGACCCACAUUGUAUUUAUGUUUUCUCGUGGAUGGCAAUUCCCACUCUAAACUCUUGUAAAUAUAAGAUGACCUCAUAUUAUUAAACAUACUCUACAAAUUGAUGCUCAUGACUUUGAAAUACCAAGUGAGUAAAACAUUGCUCUUUUUAAAAAAAAUAAUGAUUCAUAAUUUUUUUAAAGGGGAUUGCAACAAAUAGUGCUUACAAUAUCAUGUUACUAAAAGACAAUUUCCUGUUUUGUAUUUUAGCAAGUAAUAUGAAGUCCACUCACAUGAUUUGCUUUUGCAGGCGACGAUAAAUGAUGAGGCGGGCCAAAUGCGGCCCCUGGGCCUUGAGUUUCACACUAGUGGUGUGGAGCUCUUGUAAAGAGAAAACAAAAGCUGGCACUCUUCAUUCUCACUUGUCCAAUAAGUAAAUUUAAAACACUGAUUCACGAGCUGUCUCUUUUCACCUCCUGCAGUAAAAUGUUUGUGUGGAGCCUAAUGGAAUCACGAACCGAUUGUAUUAAAUAUUUUGCAACAGCACAUGCCCUUUGAUUGGGCAACAACUUUCUAUAAUUGUUUUUUAUGCAUCUGACACAAAAACAAUACCUACAAUCACUUCUUUUCCUACUCCAACUAUUUGGAAAGCUCCAAGGUUUUGAUCCCCGGGAACGAUGCACGUACAAUGUCUUGCUCAGUACUUCACCAACACACCCUUUCUACACACAGCAAUGCUAAGCUAGUUUCCUGUUGUUUAUAAGUGUGACGUCAGGUAAUGCCAACGGCUGACAUUGUUAAAAUGUUUACUACCUUAUUUUCGCACAUCAUUGAUACAGGGUAUCUAAUUGAGAAGGCCAUUUAUUUAUGGUUUCCCUGCGAUUGGCUGGCAACCAGUUCAAGGUGUACCCUGCCUCCUGACCUUUGACAGCUGGGAUGGGCAUCAGCAUGGCCUGUGACCCUUGUGAGGAUAAGUGGCUAAGAAAAUGAAUGGAUGGAUUAAUUUAUGUUUCUGCCCAUUUUUUACCUCUCCUUCAGUAAUGGAAGGGUUUACAUAAAUAGGUGGCCAUCACUUCUUUUACAUAUACAUUUGUGUUUUUUUCCCUUUGAAAAUCUUGACUUUUAAAAUUGAUACAGGGUACAUAUUUGGACAAAAAUGUUUGGACCAGAAAUAUGUGCACAUUUGUAACCAUCUGUUAGAGGAGUUUGGGACAAUACACAAAACUUUAAGAGCACUUUCUUUUUUUAAACAAUUAACUUGGUAUUAAAAACAUUAGGUGUGUCCAGCUCACUCUGCUAGACUCCUUGAUGUUAUGGGAAUAUUCUGAUGUGUUUUUUAAAAGUGCCAUUUACACAAGUUCAUUUGCAUCUGGACAUGAUUAUUGCACUUAGAGUUUACAUAUUGAAGUUUGUUCAACAUUCAUUAUAAAGAAAUAUUUAUUUGUUGUAGCCUGUUUUAAAAGUCACUCUGCGUUAUUAUUAUUUAUCUGUCAUGUAUUUAUAUUGUCAAAAAACUACUUUUCUAAAAUUUACAGUACCUGUUAUGACAGAAAAAAAAACAGCAUUGUGUUUCUUUUUCGAUUGUACUGAAGUUACAGUUUUAGUUCUUGUAUUUUGAUAGAAAAGAUGUACUUUUUAAUUUCUACAAUAACUCUUACACUUAAAUGUCUUGACAUUUCAAAUGAAAACGUCAAGAACGGGGAUUGGCAACCCAUCCAUGCAGACUGCAAAGUUUUGACAAUGUAUAGGCGCAGAGGUGGGGGGAUGAACAAGACGUUUUGGGGAACAAUGACAUCUUUAUCUAACCUUUAAGUGCUUUUAAUUUAAUUGUUUAUAGAGUUGUCUGUU